ACGGCUAAUGAGUCACUGCUUUAGUUAAUACUUUCUGUUUCAUAUUAGUUCAUUCCUUUGCAGAGGUUGCCUCUUUUUCUUGUCUUCCACCAGGUCUCUGAAGAAAAUCUGGGAAGCCCCAGACAUUGGAGGAGCCAAGUAAAAGUUCACAGUUACUGAGAGAAAAAAAGACGGAGAAAGCAGUGCCACCACACUAGAAGAAAAGAGAGGAGGAUAAGAAUCAACUUUCACAUUGAAACAACCUUCUUUCCAACUCUAAAGGAUUUCUGAUUUAGAAGGGAACAACACCCUGGACAUGGCUGCAGAGAUUCACAUGACAGGCCCAGUGAGCCUCAUUGACAACACCGAAGGGCAACUGGUGGUGAAUCCAGAAGCUCUGAAGAUCCUGUCUGCAGUUACGCAGCCUGUGGUGGUGGUGGCGAUUGUGGGCCUCUACCGCACAGGCAAAUCCUACCUGAUGAACAGGCUGGCUGGGAAGAACAAAGGCUUUUCUCUGGGAUCCACAGUGAAAUCCCACACCAAAGGAAUCUGGAUGUGGUGCGUGCCUCAUCCCAAGAAGCCAGGACACACCCUAGUUCUGCUCGACACUGAGGGCCUUGGAGAUAUAGAGAAGGGUGACAAUGAGAAUGACUCCUGGAUCUUCGCCCUGGCCAUCCUCCUGAGCAGCACCUUCGUGUACAAUAGCCUGGGAACCAUCAACCAGCAGGCCAUGGACCAAUUGCAUUAUGUGACAGAGCUGACAGAUCGAAUCAAGGCAAGCUCCUCACCUGAUAACAAUUAUGUAGAAGACUCAGCUGACUUUGUGAGCUUUUUUCCAGCAUUUGUGUGGGCUCUUAGGGAUUUCUCCCUGGAGCUGAAAACCGAUGAAGAACCCAUCACUCCCGAUGACUACCUGGAGCUUUCGCUGAAGCUAAGAAAAGGUGCUGAUAUAAAAAGUAAAAGCUUUAAUGAUCCUCGUUUGUGCAUUCGAAAGUUCUUCCCCAAGAGGAAGUGCUUCAUCUUUGAUCGGCCCGCUUGGAGGAAGAACCUUGCCCAUUUGGAGCAGUUGAAGGAGGAAGAUCUAAACCCUGAUUUCAUAGAACAAGUUGCAGAAUUUUGUUCCUACAUCCUCAGCCAUUCUAAUGUCAAGACUCUCUCAGGUGGCAUCACAGUCAAUGGGCCUCGUCUAGAGAGCCUGGUGCUGACCUAUAUUAGUGCUAUCAGCAGUGGGGAUCUGCCCUGCAUGGAGAACGCAGUCCGGGCCUUGGCCCAGUUAGAGAACUCAGCUGCAGUGGAAAAGGCUGUUGCCCACUAUAACCAGCAGAUGAGCCAGAAGGUGCAGCUGCCCACGGAAACCCUCCAGGAGCUGCUGGACCUGCACAGGGACAGUGAGAGAGAGGCCAUUGAAGUCUUCAUGAAGAACUCUUUCAAGGAUGUGGACCACAAGUUCCAGAGGAAAUUAGGGGCCCAGCUGGAAGCAAGGCGAGAUGACUUUUGUGAGCAGAAUUCAAAAGCAUCAUCAGAUUGUUGCAUGGCUUUACUUCAGGAUAUAUUUAGCCCUUUAGAAGAAGAUGUCAAGCAGGGAACAUUUUCUAAACCAGGAGGUUACCGUCUUUUUCUUCAGAAGCAGCAGGAGCUGAAGAAUAAGUACUACCAGGUGCCAAGGAAGGGGAUACAGGCUGAAGAAGUGCUGAAAAAAUACUUGGAGUCCAAGGAGGAUGUGGCUGAUGCACUUCUACAAACUGAUCAGUUGCUCUCAGAAAAGGAAAAAGCGAUUGAAGUGCAACGUAUAAAGGCUGAAUCUGCAGAAGCUGCAAAGAAAAAGUUGAAGAAAAUACAAAAGAAGUACAAGCAGAUGAUGGAACAGAAAGAGAAGAGUUAUCAGGAACAUGUGAAACAAUUGACUGAGAAGAUGGAGCGUGAUAAGGUCCAGUUAAUGGCGGAGCAAGAGGAGACCAUCAUAUGUAAAUUAAAGGAACAGGAACUCCUUCUCAAAGAGGGGUUCCAGAAUGAGAGCAAGAGACUUCAGAAGGAGAUACAAGAUAUCCAGAUGAGGCAGGUGGAUCUCAAGGACAUGAGAUUGACACGAUGCCGGUUAAUAUUGUGAAACCCCGUCUUUACUAAAAACACAAAAAAUUAGCUGGGCAUGGUGGCACGUGCCUGUAAUCCCAGCUACUCAGGAGGCUGAGGAAGGAAAAUUUCCUGAACCCAGGAGGCGGAAGUUGUGGUGAGCCAAGAUCACACCAUUGCACUCCAGCCUGGGUAACAAAAGUGAAACUCGGUCUCAAAAAAAAAGAUAUCAAGAUGAGAGACACAUCAUCGGACCCAACAUUUAACAUACUCUAAAAGUCCAAGGAGCAAAAUUUGCCUACCCAGCUCCCUCUCCCCAAGGAACAAGGUGAAUGAGCAACUCCAGUGUGUCAAACAACUGCCAUUAAACUUAACUCAAAAUCAUGAUGUGAGCAUUUUUGUUGAACAAUAAAGUUUGCAAAGUGAAGGUUCAA